AUCCCCCCAACUAAAAUCGAUUUUUUCAAAGUGGGAAACCACUUUCAGGUGAUGAUGAUUGAGUGAAGAGCACAGUUAUUAACAUUUUAUUUUAAUAAUAACAGAUAUUAUUAUAUGUUUUUUUUUUUCAAACUUACAGGACCCCACGAGUGGACUUGUGCCAAAUACUUUCGUUCUUCAAUUCUUCAUCUUCUUCUUCCUUGCCCACCUCCUACCUUCGGAAGUCCCCAAUACCUCUGAUCUCUCCUCCCUCUCUCUCUCUCUCUCUCUCUCUCUCCAUCAAGUAAUAAGGACCAAAUUGAAUUGAAAACAAACCCAUUUACACAGUCACUGACUCCUCUGGUCCUCUUUAGUUCUUACUCCCUUCGUACUCUUUUGUGUUUUUUUGUCUUUCAUGUCAUCCCCUGUCCUAGCUUUUCAACUUUUUUCCUUCUCCUUCCUCCUUUCCUCGUCUAACAAACCAAUGAAUGGCGACGAGAUUGGCUCCCCACCAAGAAGAAUCACCAGAACAGCAAUGGGUUUUUGAAUUCUCAUUCACAGACAACCAGACCAACCAGAAAGUUGAAACCUUUUUUCGUCCCUCUGUCUCCCUUUCUCUGUCUCUGUCUUCCGUUUCUUUGUAGUUUUGUUACAGAGAAAGCGAGAGAGAGAGAGAGAGAAGGAGGGAGUGUGCUUUGUUUAAUCUCUCAAAAGCUCGCCCCACAAGGAGGCUGGCCGGCCACCCUUCCCUCCCAAACAAACAAAAAAGAAUGGAGCUCACAAAUUCACAAACCAAUCCCAAUAAGGAGCAGCAGCAACCAAACAACAGCAACAGUUCCUCCCAAGAACUCCAUCCUCACCAUCUCCUCCAGUACCAACAACACUUCCGCUUCCAUGGCGGCGGCGGUGGAGCUGGACCGCCUCAACCACCUUUCAUCGGCUCCAUCUCUCGUUCUUCAGCUCCGCUUCCUCCCUCCUAUCACCACCAUGUCCUUCACCACGCUUCCACCUCCACUCCUGCUACUUCAAUUAGUACUAAUUCUUCUUCUUCUUCUUCUUCUUCCUCUUCCCCCGACGCCUCCCUCGCCAUCAGAUCUGGGCCUCUGCCGGAGAAAAACGAAGGAAACGAGAACAAUAGGCUGGCAGUCGUGCCGGCGGGGACGGGGGCAGUGACCGUAGCGGCGGCGGCGGCGCCGAAGCGGUCGACGAAAGACAGGCACACGAAGGUGGACGGGCGGGGGCGGAGGAUCCGGAUGCCGGCCGCCUGCGCGGCGAGGGUUUUCCAAUUGACGAGGGAAUUGGGUCACAAAUCGGACGGGGAGACGAUCGAGUGGCUGCUCCAGCAGGCGGAGCCGGCGAUAAUUGCGGCGACGGGGACGGGCACCAUCCCGGCCAAUUUCUCCACCCUGAAUGUCUCGCUGCGGAGCAGCGGAUCCACUCUCUCCGCUCCGCCGUCGAAAUCGGCGCCGCUGCAUUCGUUUCACGGGGCGCUUGCUCUGGCGGCGGCGCAGCAGCAGCAUUACGAUGAACGGUUUUCCGCCGCGCAUCUGGCAUUCCACCACCAGCAGCAGCAUAUGUUGUCGGCGGAUCAAAUCGCGGAGGCUCUGCCGAGCGCCAGCGGCGGAGAUAGAGGCAGCGGUGGAGCGACGGAUUCAGGGGAGAAUUACCGGAAAAGAUUCAGGGAGGAUUUGUUCAAGGAUGAAAAUCAACAGGGCGGAGAGAGCGACGGCGGCAGGGGAUCUCCGAAUAGAAUCCCUAAACAACAAGAAGCAGUGUCAGCGUCCUCAUCGCCAUCAGCUUCCUCUACUUCCUUACUGCGUCCAUCCAACAUUGGCACGGCGAUGUGGGCGGUGGCGGCAGGCCCCAAUGCCGGUGCUGGGAACACGUUCUGGAUGCUGCCGGUGACGGCAGGCGGCGGCGGUCACUCAAUGGUCGCGCCGACAUCAACGGAAGCCCAGAUGUGGCCAUUCUCACAAGCAGCGACUGCGGGAGGGAAUCCGUCAGUUCAAGCACCUCUGCAUUUCAUGCCAAGAUUCAAUCUUUCCUCUCCGAAUCUGGAUUUCCAAGGGGGGAGACCGAGUCAUUUACAGUUGGGAUCAAUGGUGAUGCCGCCGCCGCCGCCGGCGACAACAUCAACUAAUCAGCAUCAGCAGGCACCGUCGCAGCAUCUCGGGCUGGGGAUGUCCGAAUCGAAUUUGGGGAUGGUGGCUGCGCUGAAUGCUUACUCCAGAGGCGGAUUGAAUAUGAAUUCCGAGCAGCAUCAGCAGCGGCAACAACACCAUCAUCACCAACAACAGCAGCAGCAGGAAGAGGAAACGAAUAGUGACGGUGAAGAAGAUCCCAACAACGACAAUUCUGAGUGAUGCAAAAGAAUUUGAAGUUCAUGAAUGGCUUGUUUUCGGGGACCUUCCAUUAGCAAUUUAGCAUAGGGGAUUCGAGAGCUUGAGUUCGAUUCAUUGUCGGUUUGUUAAUGAAGCAUUGAUUCGGUUUGAUUGUGGAGUGAUUUGAUUUCAUUGAUGAUGGUGGGAAGAAGACGAAGAAGAGAGUUUCUUUUCUGUGUUUUUUAUUUUUUUGCAUUUUUUUGAAAAUGUUUGUAUUGUUUUUCUUAUUUUGGCGGGGAAAUGCUCUAGAUUGGUAUUGAGUGAGGGAUGGAUGUUUGAGAUGGGAGAAAUUUGUAAAUUUUGGUUUGUUUGGUCCAAAGGGACAAAACAGAAGGGAUUGGUAUUUGUAUAAAGAGGGGUAGUUAGU